GAUGGCGAUGUAGAAUGGGACGUGAGCGAGUUAAAAUCAGGCGGGUCCAGUUCGGUGGAAGGAAAUUUGGAUCUGCUGAUUAAUUGUUCAUCAUAUCUGGUGAUCGAGAUGGCUCUAAAUGUCUUUGAUCAUGACGAGUACAGGCCACCGGUGUGGAAAUCAUACUUGUACCAGCUCCAGCAGGAGGCGCCUCACCCACGCAGAGUCACUUGCACCUGUGAGGUGGAAAGUCGACCGAAAUACUAUGGAAGAGAGUUCCACGGAAAGAUCUCGAGGGAAGAGGCCGACCAGUUACUGAGUCAGGCCGAAGGCAGCUACCUCAUCAGAGAAAGUCAGAGACAACCGGGCACAUACACUCUGGCUUUAAGGUUUGGGAAUCAGACAAGAAACUUCCGCCUCUAUCACGACGGAAAACACUUUGUUGGAGAGAAGAGGUUCGAGUCCAUCCAUGACCUGGUGACAGACGGCCUCAUCACACUCUACAUUGAGACCAAGGCAGCGGAGUACAUCGCUAAGAUGACUAUAAACCCAAUUUACGAGCAUGUGGGCUACACCACUCUCAACCAGGAGCCAACUUUGAAGAAGCACCUGCCACGCAGCCCGGAGGAGCCCGACGGACCCGUUCCAGUCAAAGACAACUGCAACACAGAGGAGAGGCUCACGUCUCUGGUGCGGCGGGCCACCCUGAGGGAGAGCGACCUGGCACCCAAGUACGAGAAGGUCCACAACUUCAAGGUUCAUACGUUCAGAGGUCCCCAUUGGUGCGAGUACUGUGCCAACUUCAUGUGGGGGCUCAUCGCUCAGGGCGUGAAAUGUGCAGAUUGUGGCCUGAACGUUCACAAGCAGUGCUCCAAAGUCGUGCCGAACGACUGUCAGCCAGACCUUCGGCAUGUCAAGAAGGUGUACAGCUGCGACCUGACCACGCUGGUUAAAGCCCACAACACCAAGAGGCCAAUGGUGGUGGACAUGUGCAUACAGGAAAUCGAGGCUCGAGGUCUUCAGUCAGAAGGUCUGUACAGAAUAUCUGGCUUCAGUGAGCUGAUAGAGGAUGUCAAGCUGGCGUUUGAUAGAGAUGGAGAAAAAGCGGACAUUUCCUCAAACGCCUACGAGGACAUAAACAUUAUCACCGGCGCCCUCAAGCUCUACUUCAGAGAGCUGCCCAUUCCCCUCAUCACUUAUGAUGCCUACCCACGAUUUAUAGAAGCUGGAAAAAUUACAGAUUCAGAAAAACGCCUGGAAUCUCUCCAUGAGGCCUUGAAGCUGCUGCCCCCGGCUCACUUGGAGUCGCUGCGAUACCUCAUGGCUCACCUGAAGAGAGUCACCGACUACGAGAAGGAGAACCUCAUGUCCAGCGAGAACCUGGGCAUCGUCUUCGGCCCGACGCUGAUGAGGGCCCCCGAGCUGGACGCCAUGACGGCGCUCAACGACAUCAGAUACCAGAGACUGGUGGUGGAAACGCUCAUUACCAACGAAGACGUCUUGUUCUGAGAGGAAGGGAUGAAAGCAUUCCUUAAAAUGAGGAACAGACUCCGAAAGGAUGCAAGGACGGUGUCAUGAAGAAGAAACGUGCAAGAUCAAAACGCGUCUUGCCAGAAAAAAGAAACG